AUGGCGCUGCAACAACAAGGGGCCCAACAACAGCCGCUAUUGACGAUGGGUCAGCAGCAACAGCAGGGGCAGCAACCGGGAGGAUCUCCAGCAGGUGCCCCUCAGGCGACCGGCACCCAGCAGCAGCGGCUGCAGUUUCCUCAGAACCAGCUGCCUGGCAAUCUGCAGGUCCAGCAGCAACUCCUACGAAUGCAGCAACAGCAGCAGGGGAUUGCGGCAAAGCUGCAGGGGGGAGCUGGAGCUUCUGGCGUUCAGCAGCGACUGUUGCAUCUGGAGCAGCAAGAGCAGUUCUUGCAGCAGCAGCAAGAGCCUGAAAAGGUUCACUGGGUUCAGUGCGACCGUUGCGAUAAGUGGCGUGUUGCCCCUUACGAGAUUACGCUGCCGAGUUGGGUGUGCGAGCAAAACACGUGGGAUCGACGCUACGCCUCCUGCAGCGUUCCUGAGCAGCCCGACCCGGCUGCUCAGCUGCAGCAACAGCAACAGACGAGGCAUCAGCAGCAAUACCUGCAGCAGCAACAGCUGCAACAGCAGCAGCUGCAGCAGCAGCAGCAGCAGCAGAGGCUUGCAGCAGGCGGAGGAGGCGCAGCUCCCAAGCCCAAAGCGAAGGCAAAAGCCAAGUCGAGGGCUCCUGCCAAAGGGUCGUCGGCGGCAGUUCAACGCGCUCCUCCUCUGCCAAGUGGGAAUGGCACUCCUGAUGCGGGUUCCACAGCGGCAGCAGCAGCAGCCAAAGUCGCGCUGGCUCCUGGCCUUUUAGAUCCUGUCUCUGCUGCUGCUUCUGCUGCUGCGCAUGUGCAGCAGAAUCUCUUGCAGCAGCAGUUAACCCAACAGCAGCGCGGGGGUGGGGGCACGGGCAAUGCUGCCAACCUUCCCGCGAUCCAGCAGCAGCUGCUGCAGCAGCAGCUGCAGCAGCAAAUGCAGCAAGCCCAACAGCACCAGCUUUUGCAGCAGCUCCAGCAGCAACAGCACCAGCUCUUGCAGCAGCUGCAGCAGCAACCGGCCGUUGUUCUCGACAACUGGGUGCAGUGCGACGCGUGCAACAAGUGGAGGAGAGCACCCAAUCCGAUCACCAGCGAAAAAUGGUUCUGCCGCAUGAACACGUGGGCCCCUCAGUUUGCGUCUUGCGAAGCGCCUGAGGAGCCAGAUCCCGCUCAGCAGGAGCAGCAGCAGCAGCAGCAAAGCCAGCAGCGGCUUCUGGAGGCAGCAGUGGCACUGCAGAGGCAGCAGCAGCUGCAGCAGAGUGUGGCGAAGCGCCAGCGUACUUCCAGUGCUUCGACGAGAGUCACGGAGGCAGCGAAGACGGCGGAUCCUAAAGUUGCUCCUCCCACGCAGCUCCUGAGACAGCAGCAGUUGGUUGCCGCUGCAGCGGCAUCUGGUCAGCGCAACACCCCACCCUCUCCGCAGCUGCAGCUGCAGCAGCAAGUGCAGCCAGUCAAGCUGCCUCAAGCGCAACAGCAGCAGCAACAGCAGCAACAGCAACAGCAACAACAGCAACAGCAGCAGCAACAUGCUGGCGCCGUUACCAACGCCGCAGGAGGAGGGGGGGGCGGCCAGCUGCAGCAGUUGCAGCUGCUGCAGCAGCAGCAGCUGCAACUGCUGCAACAGCAACAGGUGCGACUGCUGGACGUCGCGCGUCGAGCUGCUCCUCCUAACAAUGCGGGGACUGGCGGGGGGGUAGGGGCCUCUCCGGGGAGCGCAGCAGCUGCUGCAGGAGGUUCUGAGCGACCAGAGGGGGGUUCAGAUGCAGUUGGCGCCUCAACGGAGAAAGGGGAUAAGUGGCUGGAGUGCCGUUCCUGCAAGAAGUGGCGGCGUUUGCCUUCCGAGGUGGAUGCGGAGGCUUUAAGGCCUAAAUUCUUCUGUUAUUUGAAUAUGUGGGAUCCCCAGCGCAACAGCUGUGCUUCUCCGCAGGAGCCGUGGCAGCAGCUGCAGCAGCAGCAGGAGAUGCAGGGGAAGGCGCCUCCGACAGGUAACGCUACGUCUGCCUCCACGUUGCAGAAGGCGCAGCACCAGGCGGCGACGUCAGAUGCGAGCAGACAGGAGAAGCCGGGCAUUGCAGCAGCUGUGCCUGCGCAGCAGCAGCUGCAAAGGCCGGGGGGGCAGCUGCAGGGAGAGACGGGUGUGGCUGCUUCUCUUCACCAGCAGCUCCAGGAGCAGCAGUUGCUGCUCCUGCGCAUGCAGCAGCAGCAGCAGCAGGAGCAGCAGCGCGCUGCCGCAGCGUCUUCCGCGAUCGCCGCAAGUGGCGGUAGUGCCAAGCACGGACCGGGGGCUGGGGGAGCUGCGGGAGGGGCAGAAGACGACGACGAAGAAGAAGAGGAUGACAUCGAGGGGGAGGGAGACGAGGACGAAGACAGCGAAGACAUGGGCGAUUCUUCAGACUCCGAAUCAGACCGCGGGGGGGGUGGAGGAGGAGCACCCCCAGGGGGGGGAGCCAGUGCUGGCGGCUCCUCUCGCGAUGCUUCUUCUAGCGGCGCUGGAAGGAGUGGCGGGAGCGCGGGAGGCAGCACUUCCCAGCCUCCUUCUCAAGGGCAUCCAGGUACAGGGAGCUUCGCUCCCUCGACUGCGGCAGACGGUGGAGCGGUAGCAGCGGCAGCGCUUCGACUUGAGCGGACCGCUGAGAAAAGUCACGCCAGCUGCCGUAGAAAAGGCCAGCAGUCCUCGCGUUUCUUCGAUGUGCUGAUUGUUGGCGGGGGAGUGGCGGGAUUGGCGGGUGCUCUGCAUUGCCAGAGGGCGGGUGUCGACUACCAGGUGAUCGAAGCGCGAGACCGCCUGGGGGGUCGCGUUUGGUCCAUUAGGCUGCCUGCGUCUGCGGAGGAGAGGAGGAGGCGUUCGCUGGGCUCGAAAGAGAAGGCGCCGUACUGCAAGGAAGAGAAGGAACGGAAAUCCGGCUCGAACAGCGUGUGGAUUGACGUAGGGGCGAACUACAUGCAUGGCCUGACAGGAAACGAGAACGAUGUGCGACUGAAACCCCGCAGAAGAGGUUGCAGUGUGUAUCACCUGGCGGCUGCUUCCCGCGCCUGCCGUGUGGCUCUAGUGCCUGGAGAGACUGGCUGGGAGAAUCCGUACUACUUUGAUUGGCUGCGGAGAGGACGGCGCUUCUGCCUGUUGGUGGUCUCCCUCGCCCACGCGCUUUUCACCCGCUUGGCCACGCCUGUCUCUCUGACCGCGGGGGCUCAGCCAAGAGGCUCCACUGCAUCGAUUCUGACGCUUUUGAACAAGGAAGUGGAUGCGCUUCUCGAGUCCGAAGCAGCUCUAAGCCUCCAGGAGGGAGAGACGGCGGCUGAGCGCAUGCCGCCCAAUGCGCUGCCCGCAUGCGAGCGACACAGCAGACAGCCGGGGAGCGAUCUUGGGCAGCUCCCUCGGCACAGCACCUUCGAAUCCCUGGCCAUGCCUUCCGCGCUUCGGGGACUUGUGGCGACGUUGUUGCGCCGUCUGAAGGAUCUGUGCUGCUCUUCUGCAGCGCUAGGAGGCACGAAGAGCAGCAAGAAUCCCGAGAUUGCGAUUGGCGAGUGCUGCGCCUGCCAAGUGGAAGGCAUGGUGGUUCGGAUGCUGCGUAGCCGCUUUGGUUUCUUCGCGCCGCUUGGGGACGUCAGCGCCGCCCCCUUUGCGGUGUAUGGCACUCCUGCCUUGAAGCGUGAUGUUCAGAGAUUGCACAACCCGAAGACACGGCUUCUGGCAUGGCCUGGCUUGCGGCGCUACGCCGAGAACCUUUCGCUGGCCUUCGCUGAGAGAGAUCGAAAGAAGUCUCAAGUUGUCAGGCAAUUUGCAGCUAUCCCUCCCUCCGUGUCUUCAGACCUCAUCUGCAUGAGCUGGCGAUGGCUGGUCGAGAUGCUUCGCGAAGAAUUGUCUCCCGACAGACUCCGUCUGAACACGCGUGUUUCUUUCGUCUCAGUUUCCUUUGAAGAAAAAGAUUCGGCAUUCCCAUGUCUUGUGCGGUGCCACACCGAUGAUAAUGGGAAAGAGGCGCAAGAGCUACGAUCCCGCUUUGUUUUGGUGGCACUCCCCGUGUCGCUCCUGCAACAGCCACCUGAGGGAGCUGAGGAGACGGCGGCUCACGUGACGUUUGAGCCGCCCCUUGCAGCUGAAAAGGUGGCCGCUCUUGCGUCUAUAGGCAUGGGAGUACACAACAAAGUGGUGUUGCGGGUUGCGCCGUCGGAUGUCUUUUGGUCGCAAGGGACGCCAACCUUUUCAUCACCUUAUUCGCGUUUCCAGUACUUGAACCUGCACGCUUACGGCAAGACAGGGUGCAUUCUCGCACACCUGUUUCCUCCUGUUUCUCUUGCGAUUGAUUCGCUUACUGACGAAGAGGUAGCUCAAGAGGUGCUGGAUGACCUGUGCAAGCUGUUCGGCUAUGACCAGCGACCGUCUCUCAUCGCCUCAGUCGUCACUCGGUGGCAUUCCGAUAAAUACUCGAAGGGAUCGUAUUCGUAUCCCAAGCCUGAGGCUGAUAUGGCAACGCACUGGCGUUGGUUGAGGGCCCCCCAUCCGUUAGAGGCCCCCCGUGUUGCUUUCGCUGGGGAAUUCUGUUCAGACUCCUAUAAUCAAUGCGUCGAUGGAGCGUUUGAUACUGGCAUGCGUGCGGCGCAGUCCGUUGUGCAGUUUGGCCUGCGUCGUCACCCCUGCACAAAGGCUCAUCAGGAGCUUAAGCAACAGCCCGUGAAGCGAGACGCGUGUGCUCUUGAGCGAGAACGGCUGCAGCAGCAACACCGAAACCGCCGGCAGCGCCGUGCGGCAAAGGAUUUAAAAGAUACGGAAAACAAGCCGCAGCGUCAUACGAGGAAAUCAAAGAAGGAAGCUCUUGAUGCUGUAGGGGUGAGGGAGAGGAUCGCCGCUGCUCGUGAAGAGCUUGAGGGAGUGAAGACAACAUAUUGCGGCGAGGGCUGUUGCCGUGUGGUGGACUGCCUGGACGGCUCGCAUGCCGGGUAUUACCUCACAGACGGAAGCGACUUGACAGACUGGGAUGAAGGUGUAAAUGAGGAGACGAAACAGGAACACGAUAAGGUGGUUAGCAAAAACACACGGAAGAUGCUUGAGAAGUUCCAGGCCCUUCUACGGUUUAAUCAUAAGCAGUUGAACUGCUCACAGUCAAGGUGUUCUCCUAGGGAAUCUGGCACGGCGGGGUUUGCACAGCCUGCUCGGGCUAGAGCGUGA